AUGUCUGUAGAUGUAAAAGAGGAAACUAACGAUGGAAUUAAGUGGAAAGUCUUUACUCCCAAGAAGGGUGUAAAAAUUACCUCGUUCACAGAAGGAAGAGUGGAAAUAGCAAAGACAAGCACUAGGCUUAAAUGUCUGAAAAUCCCGUUGGAUUCACAAACUCCCCUCGUGUAUGUAGUACAUGGAGGCUGUGGUGGAAAUUUAAAGUGCUUUGAGAAGGUAGGCGGGCAAUGGAAGGAGAUUGGUUAUAGUGAGUUUGACAGGAAAGUAGAUGCGAUCAAGAAGAAUGUAGUGAGACCAAAUGAAGAGGUAGUAAGGGUAGGGAGUACUUUUGGUAAUCUAAAAGGUUCCAAAGAGCCUUCUCAAGAAUCUCCUACCCCUACUACUUCCACCGCAGUUCCUCCCAGUGAUGAGUUUUCAGAAGCUCAAAUGGUUAAACAAGGUGGUACUACUCUUGACCUCGAAAAUACUCAAAGUCCGGAAAAUUUGUUUGAGAAAGCUAGUGCAGCUGGAUACUGGCAAAAACUCACACAAGGAGACUUUUUAAAGAAGCUUUCUGGAAUGAGAAAGUCUGGAUCAUCAUCUCCUAAUCCUUCUUCAGAUUCUACUACUCCAUCUUAA